AAAAUGACAGCAGAAGAGCUGCCAUGGCGACAGUGGACCACUGCAGUGAUGCAGCCUGCGGGACGGAGAGCCGGGAGCCAGGUGAGGAGCAGGGUCUGGGUUACAUGAUGAUGUCGUCACAUGGAAGCCAAAGUUCAGCUGUACUGCCUCAGGACGACUAUGUGACCAUUGCAAGCCCACAGAAAGACAACAGAGCAGCCUACUCUUCAUCCUCCUCUUCCCUUCAGACAUCAUUCAACAGCUCCACCUCUGAGAGCUACUCUCCUCUGCCCCCGUCACAUCUUCAGACCCAUGAGCUCAGUCAGCCGCACUGGCUGGUGACCUCAGUCCAACAGUCAGAAACAGAAGCUGACCAAUCACAGAUGAGAAUCAGCUGCUCCGGCCGACCACAGGACGAUGCAAGCCAGGAGCAGACGUCCGCCAAGCACAGACGAGUAGAGCAGACCAGGGCCUCUUCGUCUCCUGUGAGGAGUGUUUAUUGGUCUAGCAUGAUGACUCCAUUUGUCACAAGCGGUCCAGACCAUACCAGGCCGGUCCAGGCUAGUCCAAACUCUGGCAAAGGCCGGUCUAGCCGAGCCGCAUCAGACAAAUCUGUCAGAAGAUACCGGCUGUCUUUGUGUCUGCCUUCCUGUCUGCAAGCUGAGGACAGAUGCUGAGUUGUUGUAAUAAUUAAUUGUUUUGUUGAGAUCAAUAAUCUGAACAGAAGCUACUUAUUUAUUCAGGUGACGUUAUAGUUACAGGCCACGAAAAGUAAAAAUUAUGAAAGAAUGAUUGAUGUGUUCAUUCCACUGGGGCUUUAAAGUCUUAGAUUACAGAAUAUGUUUGAAAAAAAUAAAGUUGUCUCUGACACAUUUAAUCUGUUAUUUUGUUUGUAAAUGUUCUCAG